GUUCAUAACUUCAGUAGAAUCCCGAAAACGAAGAACUUCGCUUUUCUUCUUCUCUUUCAAAAUCUCUAGAAAUAUAACGGCAGUUAAAAGUUCCGUCUUCUUCAUCGAUUUCUUCAGGGCAUGCGGAGAGGAUCUUUCUGACGCCGUUAAGAUUAACGUUUCUUUGCAUCUAAUAAGGUACCCUUCUGUUCGAUAUGGCUCGAAUUGUAGCGGAAGAGAGUAGAGACGGUGAAACGUCGCCGUAUUACUCCAUGGAGCUUUCUACAAUCUCACGCGCCGUCGACGCACCGUCGACGCUCGGACAGCUCCUGAAGAAAGUCGGUGACGCAAGGAAAGAAGCUGUCGGAGACGAGACUCCGAUUCAUCACCACGCGCUCACGGUCGCGCAUGGCAUCGACGCCCCUGAUCAUGAUGAGAUGCGUCCCGUCCCGUUCGUCCUGUCUUUUCAGAACCUCACGUACAGCGUCAACGUUCGCCGGAAGUUCCACUUCUCCGACGUCCUCCCACGGCGGAGGACAGAGGCGGCGCCGGAAGAUCCGGAGAUAGCCCCGGCCGAGAGGUUGUUCUCCUCGAAGACAAAGACUCUUCUCGACAAUAUCUCCGGCGAGACAUGCGACGGAGAGAUCUUAGCCGUUCUUGGGGCGAGCGGUUCGGGGAAAUCAACGUUGAUCGAUGCCUUAGCGAAUCGGAUAGCGAAAGGAAGCUUGCGUGGCACGGUAACGCUCAACGGAGAAGUUCUUCAGUCUCGUAUGCUAAAAGUUAUAUCGGCGUACGUAAUGCAAGAUGAUCUUCUCUUUCCAAUGCUCACAGUCGAAGAGACGUUGAUGUUCGCCGCCGAGUUUCGCCUUCCAAGAACCCUACCGAUAUCGAAGAAGAAGCUCCGAGUUCAAGCAUUGAUCGAUCAACUCGGGAUCAGAAACGCGUCAAAAACCAUAAUCGGCGAUGAGGGUCACAGAGGAAUAUCGGGUGGAGAGAGGAGGAGAGUUUCGAUAGGGAUCGAUAUCAUCCACGACCCUAUUAUAUUGUUUCUUGACGAGCCCACCUCGGGUCUUGACUCUACGAGUGCAUACAUGGUCGUGAACGUCUUAAAAAGGAUCGCAGAAAGUGGGAGUAUCGUAGUUAUGUCGAUUCAUCAGCCGAGUUACCGAGUUCUUGGUUUGCUGGAUCGGCUUAUCUUCUUGUCUCGUGGACAGACCGUUUUCAGCGGAUCUCCCUCGAGUCUUCCGCUGUUCUUCUCUGAGUUUGGGCAUCCGAUCCCGGAGAACGAGAACAAAACCGAGUUUGCCCUCGAUCUAAUACGAGAGCUCGAAGGUUCUGCAGGAGGGACAAGAGGGUUAGUCGAAUUCAACAAGAAAUGGCAAGAGAUGAAACAGAUCCGUCGACAAACCCUAACUCCUCCGGCCACUCCCUCGGGAAUAACCCUAAAAGAAGCAAUCUCUGCAAGUAUAUCCAGAGGUAAGCUCUUCUCAGGCGGAGCCGGCGGCAAUGGCGGCUCCGUUAUGGUCCCUUCCUUUGCGAACCCUUUCUGGGUCGAACUCAUGGCUCUAUCGAAACGCUCAAUGCUGAAUUCCCGGAGGCAACCGGAGCUAUUCGGAACCCGAGUAGCCGCCGUCGUGAUCACCGGAUUCAUCCUAGCUACCGUCUUCUGGCGACUGGACAACUCUCCAAAGGGUGUCCAAGAACGGCUCGGAUUCUUCGCCUUCGCCAUGUCCACCAUGUUCUACACCUGCGCUGAAGCACUGCCCGUUUUCUUGCAAGAACGCUACAUCUUCAUGAGGGAGACAGCCCACAACGCCUACAGAAGAUCCUCGUACGUGUUGUCCCAUGCGCUCGUCUCUCUCCCCUCGCUUGUAUUGCUCUCCCUGGCCUUUGCCGUAACCACGUUCUGGGCGGUCGGACUCGACGGCGGCGGAAUCGGCUUCCUAUUCUACUGCUUGAUAAUCCUGGCCUCGUUCUGGUCGGGAAACUCGUUUGUAACGUUCUUAUCAGGCGUCGUACCACACGUAAUGCUCGGAUACACGAUCGUGGUCGCGAUUUUAGCGUAUUUCUUGCUAUUCAGCGGGUUUUUCAUCAACCGGGACAGGAUCCCGCCGUACUGGAUAUGGUUCCAUUACAUGUCGUUAGUGAAGUAUCCGUUCGAGGCUGUACUGCAGAACGAGUUCUCGGAUCCGACAGAGUGUUUUGUCAGGGGAGUUCAGGUUUUCGACAACACGCCGUUGGGGGAGUUGCCUGAGGCGGUGAAGGUGUCGUUGCUCGGGACGGUUAGCCAAUCCCUGGGGAUGACGAUAACGAGUGACACGUGUCUAACGACGGGUGCUGAUAUUCUGAAGCAGCAAGGGAUCACACAGCUUAGCAAAUGGAAUUGCUUGUGGGUCACGGUAGCUUGGGGGUUCUUCUUUAGGGUUUUGUUUUACUUCUGUUUGUUGCUUGGGAGCAAGAACAAGAGGAGGUGAAAAUGGGUAAAAUAAAAGUGCACUUUGGAAACAUCAAGGUACAGAAAAAAACGUUUUUUUUAAAAAUUUUAAUUUUUUCCCUGUAUUUUAUUGGUUAUGGUUAUGGAUGAUUGUUAUUUCUGAAUUGUAUUAUGGUAUCCGAUGGUUGAUUCAAUUCUAAUUGGCACAUUUAUAAUAAA